AUGGCAUCUAUUUCAACUGCUGGAGAAGCAGUGGCAAGAGUAGCCUACCUCGCCAGCGAUGUUGUCCUUUCCGUCCAACCCUCUCUGCAGGCAGAUUCUUGGUUCAGCGAGCCUCUCAAGGCCCUCAAGGCGGGCAAUGUCCAUAACCUUCUGUCCAAGAAUGUUACGAAUGUGUUAGCUGUACGAUACAAUGAAGACCCUCUUCUCUCUGCCUUUCAUCCUCUGCAAAGGGGAAGUGCGGUUUCGGUUGUCACAAGCUCGUCUGCCCUACUCUCAUCUAUCCCUCACCUCUAUCGUCUGGCGAGCCAUCCUGUAGUUCUCCAUGUUGCCUUGGAGCCUUAUCCAUUCCCAGAUUAUUCAGUCAUCAGCUCAAUACGGCAAUGUGGCUUCACCUUUUUGCACUCGGAAACAAUUCAGGAAGCGCAGGAUAUUGCCAUUACGGCGCAUGCCCUCUCUCGCAAGUCUGGAAGGGGUGUCAUCCAUUUCUUUGACCCGGCGAAUUCAGCCCGUGAUGAGGCCAUACCACAGGAGAAUGUGGAUGUCGUGAAGACGCUGUUACGUCUGGGUGGAAAUGCUGCUACUCAUCCCAAUGAUGUCGGUGUCCAAACUUUGUAUACCGACUCGGGACGUGUUGCUACUGUCACAGAUGAGGUCGUGGCAAACACGUCCAGGGAGCAGCCCGACGCUGCCUUUGCUCAAACACAACCCUCUCAAACCCCUUCGAGCUUUAGUGUCGAUAACUCUUCUGUUGGAUCUUCCAGGAGGGCUAGUAGCACGGACAGCCGUGCUACCAGUUCGGUGGCCACUACUAUCGAUAACUCGUCUGUGCGGCCAGUCAACUCCGCUGAUAUCUUCGAAUGGACUGCUCAGAUUUGGCGCGUGUUGUCGGAGUCCGCAGGACGCAGCUACCGUGCGAUAGAAUAUACUGGCCCGUCUGACGCCAAGGCAGCUAUCUUCGUUUUCGGCUCGACAGGAGUGUUCGUGGAUGUGCUGGCUAGGGAAGAUGUUGCUCCUGAACUCGCAAGUAUUGGCCUCAUUACUGCACGCCUUUACCGACCUUGGGUGGGAGGCGGAAUUGCCAACUCCAUUCCGAACUCGAUUGAAAAGAUUGCUGUUCUGGAGCAGGUCCGAAAAACUACGAAAUGGGGACCUUCGUUUAUGGAUCUUCUGUCGAGUUUGACACCGGCUACUGCUGGAGGACGUAACCUUCAAAUAGUGGGUUACAGACUCGGUUACAUCGAACCCUCCACCUCGGUGCAGGCGCUUCGUGGUAUUGUCCAGAACCUGGGCUCCCCGACUCCCAUCCAGAACCUGGAGGUCGGGAGCUCUAGAGCUCCUACCAUUCAGACGCCGCUGGAGCAACCUCACAUUGAAAACGCCUACCUCAAAAUCUUGGACCAGCUUUUCAGUGAUCGCCUGCAUAUCGCGAACCAGCUGAACUCGAAGAAUGCUGGGGUUUCUUCCACAAUUGCAGCAAGCCCUGAGUAUGGGUUUGGCUCGCUGGUUGCAAGGAUGGAACACCGUAAGCGCUUUAUCCGAGAGGUUGAGGAGGCGAUAAAAGCAAACACUUUCGCGACUGAGCGCCCCAAGGCCUGGCUAUCGAAAUGGGCUCUUGUUGCCAAUGACGUUUCCAAGGCAAACAGAUUGGCCCCCGACGUUAUCGCCCGUCUUUCAAACGAUGGCUCCCAACUGUCGAGGCACCUUCUCAAGUCGAAGAAACUCUUCUACAACGAGUCUCAAUGGCUUGUCGGCUCGGACGCAUGGGCCUAUGAUCUUGGAAAUUCCGGCGUCCAUCAUGUACUGGCUUCUGGUGCCAACGUGAAUAUGCUUGUCAUUGACUCACAGCCUUACUCGGAACGUGCUGCUGCUGAUCCAACUCGUCGUAAGAAGGAUAUUGGGUUGUAUGCCAUGAACUUUGGCAAUGCCUAUGUUGCCUCUGUUGCUGUCUAUGGGUCCUACACUCAAGUUCUUCAGGCAAUGGCCGAGGCCGAACAAUUUAAGGGACCGUCCAUUGUUCUUGCCUAUCUACCGUAUAACCAAGAGAAUGACUCCGCCCUCACCGUUCUUCAGGAAACCAAGAGGGCUGUUGAUCUAGGGUACUGGCCCCUGUACCGCUGGAAUCCCGGGAACGAGGAACAUGGUGAGCCGAAAUUCGAAUUGGACUCGGAGCGCAUCAAGCGUGAGCUCGAGGAGUUCCUUCGAAGGGAUAACCAGCUGACCCAGCUCAUGAACCGCCAACCGAAAUUCUCUUCUGUCCUUUCCGAAUCUUAUGGAACCGAAGUCCGUGCGUUACAGAAGCGUAAGGCCAAGGACUCAUACGAGAAACUUCUUGAGGGUCUUUUCGGUGCUCCGUUGACAAUUCUUUUCGCCUCGGAUAACGGAAAUGCAGAGAAUCUGGCAAAGCGACUCGGAAAUCGUGGCCGUGCAAGGGGCUUGAAGACCAUGGUUAUGGCUAUGGACGAUUAUCCGAUUGAGGAUUUGUCUACCGAGGAAAAUGUGGUUUUUAUCAGCAGCACUGCUGGCCAGGGAGAAUUUCCCCAGAACGGCCGUAGCCUUUGGGAGGUUGUGAAGAACUCUGGAGAUUUGGACCUGUCUACCAUCAACUAUUCCGUUUUUGGUCUUGGUGAUAGUCACUACUGGCCACGAAAAGAAGAUAGGAUCUACUACAACAAGCCUGCAAAGGAUCUUGAUGCCCGCGUUGCCUUCCUCGGAGGCCGCAAACUGACAGACAUUGGUCUUGGUGACGAUCAGGACCCGGACGCCUACCAGACCGGCUACUCCGAGUGGGAGCCACGUCUCUGGCAAGCACUGGGAGUGGAUAAAGUCGAGGGUCUGCCCGAGGAACCAGCACCUUUGACGAAUGAAGACAUUAAGAUUCAGUCCAACUAUUUGCGUGGCACUAUAGCUGAGGGUUUGUUGGAUGAAUCCACCGGGGCUAUUUCUGCUAGUGACCAGCAAUUGACCAAGUUUCAUGGCACGUACAUGCAAGACGACCGUGAUGUUCGUGAUGAGCGCAAGGCCCAGGGACUUGAGCCAGCUUACAGCUUUAUGAUACGUUGCCGACUUCCAGGCGGUAUCGCUACUCCGUCUCAGUGGCUUCAGAUGGAUGCCAUCAGUAGCUCAUGUGGCAAUGAGACCAUGAAGCUUACGACAAGACAGACCUUUCAGUUCCACGGCGUCAUAAAGCGUAAUCUCCGUAGCGCAAUGCGCGCUAUAAACAGGGCUUUGAUGACUACUAUUGCUGCCUGCGGUGAUGUCAACCGAAAUGUUAUGUGCAGUUCUCUGCCGGAGCUCUCGGUCUACCACCGUGAAGCGCAUGCCGUUGCGAAGAGAAUAAGCGAUCAUCUCCUUCCAUCGACAACUGCCUAUCAUGAGAUCUGGCUGAAGGAUGAGAAUGACAAGAAGGUGCAGGUUGCGGGAGAUGCAGUCGUGGACCAUGAGCCUCUCUACGGUCCCACGUACCUUCCUCGCAAGUUUAAAAUUACAAUUGCCAUCCCUCCCCACAAUGACACGGAUGUCUAUGCCCAUGAUAUCGGCUUGAUUGCAAUUAAGGGGUCGGAUGGACAUCUGGAGGGCUUCAAUAUCAUUGCUGGUGGGGGUAUGGGUGCCACCCACAACAAUAAAAAGACUUAUCCUCAGACUGGCCGCAUGUUCGGAUAUGUGCCUGCUGAUCAAGCCCAUGUCGCCUGUGAAAAGAUCAUGCUCGUCCAGCGUGAUUUCGGUGACCGCAAGAACCGCAAGCACGCACGUCUAAAGUACACCAUCGAUGAUAUGGGAGUCGAAGUUUUCAAGGAGAAGGUCGAAGCCCUUCUCCCCGAUGGUCUGCGGUUUGCGGAACCACGUCCGUUUAAGUUCACCUCGAAUAUCGAUACCUUCGGUUGGCAGAACGACGAAAAAGGUCUCAACCACUUUACAUUCUUUAUCGAGAAUGGUCGCAUCGAGGACACUGCUGAUUUCCACAUGCGUACCGGCCUGCGUGAAUUGGCGAAACUCGACAAGGGUGAGUUCCGUCUUACUGGAAAUCAGCACCUGAUCCUGUCCAAUGUCAAGGACGAGGACUUACCGCCCAUUAAGGAGCUGAUGGCCAAAUACAAACUCGACAACACCUCCUUUAGUGGUAUGCGCCUCUCGUCAUCGGCCUGUGUAGCAUUCCCGACGUGUGGUCUUGCAAUGGCUGAGUCUGAGCGAUACUUACCGGUCCUUAUCUCUAAGCUGGAGUCUACGCUUGAGGAGGUGGGCCUGGCGAGGGAGAGCAUUGUUAUGCGUAUGACAGGCUGCCCGAACGGCUGUGCCAGGCCAUGGCUUGCUGAGGCCGCCUUUGUGGGCAAGGCUUAUGGCGCUUACAACAUGUACCUCGGCGGUGGCUACCAUGGACAGCGCCUGAACAAGCUUUAUCGGUCAUCCAUCAUGGAAGAUGAAAUUCUCGAGAUUAUGAAAGGCCUCCUCAAGCGAUACUCUCUUGAGCGCAACACUGAUGGAGAAGUGCCGGAGCGAUUCGGAGAUUGGUGCAUACGUGCAGGUGUGAUCAAGGAGACGACUGAUGGGCAAAACUUCCACGAAGGAGUUGCGGAAGAUGAAAGCGAUGAGUAA